AUGCACACUUGCUAUACUACUGAAAAACUAGACAUAAUGGCUCAGAUUAACCCCAUGCCCAUGGGCCCUUGGAAGAUCACCGUGUACGAUCAGGAGUACUUCCAGGGAAGGCGUAUGGAGUUCACCGCCUGCUGCCAGAACAUCAUGGAGUGCGGUGUGGAGAACAUCCGCUCCCUGAAGGUCGAGUGUGGCGCCUGGGUGGGCUACGAGCACUCCAGCUUCUGCGGCCAGCAGUUCGUCCUGGAGAAGGGAGACUACCCUCGCUUCGAGGCCUACAGUGGCAGCAACUCCUACCGCAUUGAGAGGAUGAUCUCCUUCAGGCCCAUCUGCUGUGCUAACCACAAGGAGUCCCGCAUGACCAUCUUCGAGAAGGAGAACAUGAGCGGUCGUCAGUUCGAGCUGUGCGAUGACUACCCCUCUCUGCAGGCCAUGGGAUGGAUGAACAACGAGGUUCAAUCCAUGCAAAUCCAGGGUGGAGCUUUUGUGUGCUACCAGUUCCCUGGCUACCGUGGCUACCAGUACAUCAUGGAGUCCGACUGCCGCGGAGGAGAGUACAAGUGUUACCGUGAGUUUGGCUCCCACUCCCAGACUCCCCAGAUUCAGUCCAUCAGGAGGAUCCAGCACUGA